GAUACAUCAAUGCCCGCCUCGUGAACGGACAAGCCAUUACAUUUCCACGUUGAGUGCGGAAAGGAAAUGGCAUCAGUGGCCAGGCUGCAGCAAGGAUUCUCCACCAGUAUAACCCCGCACUUCGUCUUGGUUCUCUCAUUCUUUGUAGAAAACUGUCUUUGUAGCAACCUGUCAUGAACAACUCCCCAUUUUCUACUUAAUUCAGUAAGUUCGAGAAAUUGUAGGCGAAAUCAACAAAUUCUCGCGCAGACUGCCUCUUUACUCAAGCCCGCAAAAUGGCCAAAUCCAUCAGCAUUUCUGCUGUCGGCCACUCGGAGAUAAAUCGAGACCCAGAGCGCGCCGUUGUCUGUUUCAGGGUCUCACAGAAGGACGGGAAUAAAACGGCUGUGUCCAAUAAUGUGAUCCAAACGGCGAAUACCGUCCAGGAGUUCCUUGAGACAUACAUUCCCAGACUUGCCUCUGGCGAAGCCACUCCGGACGCGGCGAUCACUCACUGGACCAUGGGCACCCUUAACACUAAAUCUUACACCGAUCGCGACGAACAAAAGACUAUGUUCGAGGCAAGCACUUCGUUCUCUGCCACAUUCCGAGAUUUCGAUAAGCUUGGAGCCGUCGCCACGACACUCAGCGUGAUGCCAAACGUUAGCAUAACGAGUACACGAUGGAUGUUGACGGACGCAACGAUAGCGUCAUUGAUUUCAGAGUGCAGAAUUAGUGCGGCACAUGAUGCACGGACGAAGGCGAGAGAUUAUGCUAAGGCGUUUGGGUAUCAAGACGUGGAGCCUUAUGAAAUUUCGGAUACCAGUUAUGGAUUACCGUCGACGAGUACGGCGAGCGUGAUGCGCUCGAGAAAGAUGAUGCGCCCGAUGGAGAGGCAAGAGCAACAGUUGAUAUUCCGUCCCGAGGAAGUGUCCAUGACUUCGACCGUUACGAUUAAAUUUAAUAUUGUGUGAUUUGCGGGAUGGGAUGGAUAACAAGGUUUUGCCGAUGGCGUGUCGAAAAUAGGAACGAAGAGUGGGGAAUCUUGUUGUUGAUGAUGAUGAGACACCAAUUGUAGCAAUGUCAGGAUAUGACUUUAAUGUUUCUGCCUCUCACGGCCUUGGAGGGUUUAUUCCUGUCUUGUAUUCUACAUUCUUUGGCCAGCCCCUAGCUGUGGUUUUAAAGUCAAACUCAAGAUGUAUGCAUCUCCUGUCGGUUAAUCACGAGAAUGGAUGGAUAAGCGAAGUUUAUUUGCCGCUUGAAAACUUAGAGUACUAUUAGGAUCACCACGCAUCUCACUUGGGAGUCGCGGUCAACACAAUGAGGACGCAGCGCCACGGGGAACCAGAAGUGUACCCUAUUAGCCCUCAUAACGUUUUUAGGAGCUGCAAUAUCAAGGGUCUGACCUUGUAUGUAUGUACAUGGAAGAAAAUAUAAACAAAUGGUUGUUAAACUGGCGUAGGAUGUUUGGAUGAAGCUCCC